AUGGCCGCCGUCACAGUUAACCAACCAUUCCCAGCUAAGGACUACAAAUUCCAAUACAUUGCCAUCAGUAAAAGUGAUGCUGACCAAGAAGCUUGUAAGAUGCCACAAACUGUCAAAUGGGGUGAUUUCAUCAAGGAAAACAAGACUGUCGUCAUCACAGGUGCUCCAGCUGCCUUCUCUCCAACUUGUUCAGUCUCUCACAUCCCAGGUUACAUCACCUAUUUGAAUGAAUUGGUUCAAGACAAGCAUGUCGAUCAAGUCGUCGUUGUGACUGUUGACAACCCAUUCGCUAACCAAGCUUGGGCUAAGAACUUGGGUGUCACUGAUACCACCCAUAUUAAGUUCGCUAGUGAUGCUGGUUGUAACUUCAUUAAGUCAUUAGGUUAUGAAAUGCCAGUUGGUGAUGAUGUCUUCUGGAGUGGUAGAUGGGUCGUCAUCGUUAAGGAUGGUAAAGUUACUUAUGCUGCUGCUGAAGAACAUCCAGUUACUGAUGUUACAGUUACCUCUGUCGAAACUGUUUUGAGUAAAUUAUAA